CCUAUCCAAUAAAACUAUCGAUUCCAUAACCAUAGAGAUAUUGACAAAACGAACUUCAUAAUAACGUUUUACAAGUUUAGUAUGCAAUUUGAAACGAUUUUUACUAUUCUCGUAUACAUUUUUUUAUAAUAUUUUUUCGAAGAUGAUCCGUAAGGUGUCUCAACCGCAAAGUACCAAGGAGGCGAGCGAGUCCAGUUCGGGAGCCAGUUAUGAAGAGCCCCCGUCAGAACAAGAAGAAGAAGCGAAGGUAUCUGUUAUGGGCAGCAUGGACGUAUGCGAGGCCAUAGACAAAACGAAAAUUAAGAAAUGGAAAGCCAGCAUGAGAAAACCAUUUAUACCAGUUAGACAGAGAAAGAGAUUGGUGCCGAAGUAUUUUUCUGAUGAUAAAAAGGUAACCGAGGCCACAAUAUUCGAUUUGGACAAGGAGCCAUGUCCUUUCCGACCACCACGCGAUUCCAAGAUGUUCGCACAUAAAUUGUUCACCGGAGAAUACAAAAGAAAUUUUCGAACCGUUCAAAACAGAAAAGCGGUGAUGCACAAACUAUUUGAACGAAGCAGAUUGAACAAGAACCUUGGUAACAGACUUUACGUCAAGGUGCCACCCGAUAAUAUUAGAACCGUGUUGAAUUUUGACGGAGAAUAUAACAAAGCUGUAGAAGGUCGACAAAUAUCUGACGUUUUCAACGUCCAACGAUACGUCGAAACAGUUAGGGAUGUUCUAAAACACAGGAUUCUCCUUGGAUAUAGAGAAGAUGAUAUUAUGUUAUUGAAUGAGAAUAUAGAGAACGAGCAAAGAGCAAUUAGUCACAUAAACAAAUAUUUAUCCACUUAUUCAAAAACAUUGGAAGACGUUUUAGCUAAGGACCACCUAUCGGCAACUAACAUGAUGAAAAAGCAAAGAGAGCUGGAGAUGAAACUCUAUGAAGAGAUGGUCGAGCUUAAAAAUUUGAAGAAAAAAUACAACACCGUGAAGGCGGGUCUCUACAGCUCGGAGGAAAGAUGGAAAAAGGCCAAAAGGUAUCAAAGAUUUUUGAUUUACAUCAGCCCCUUGCAUUGGAAAAAGGAACACGCUGAUCAAGUAAAGGAGUACGACUUGUCGAAAGAACUCACUCCAGCUGAAGAAGAAGAGAUGUUCGAUGAAGCAACUUAUGAAACAAUAGAAAUGCCUUUUGAUGAUAUGUUAGAAAUUAUUAUUAAAGCUUGUAGAACAAAUUUACCUCCUGAACUUUAUUUUAAAGCACCAGAAGAACUGCUGGACAUAUUCAAAUAUAUGGAAUCGCAGAAUAUGAAUUAUUUGCUUCACGCCGAAGAGUUGGCGGUUCCAUUGGAGAAGAUCAAACAAGGUAUGGAAGUGGCAGCUGCAUCCUUUGACAAACAAAUUAUUUCUAUGAACAGUACUAUCAGAGACUUGGCUAAAGCUAUCGAAUGGGAAGAAAACAGAGUAGACGAACUUGAACGGAUGGCAAUGUCUUUGAUCUAUACUGAAUUUAAGCAACUGAUCAUGGCUGACGAUAUUCUUAAUAUGCAUGUUUUCGUUGAAGACGUUUACGAAUCCAGAAUUGGUCCAAACGACGCGAAUCUAAAUGUGCUUGAAAUGAUGAGAUCAAUCGAAAAACGAUAUCGCUCGGAAAUUUUAUUGAUGGAUAAGAUACCUCAUGAAAUAGUACAUGCUCUGGAAGGAUCCACCUUCAGCGAACAAUCGAAAGUGAUUAAGUUUGCUGAAUUAGCUGAGAAAAAGUUUGCAGAAUUGGAACUGUCAUUGAAAAAAUUAAAAAGAGCGUAUGCUCCUCCAUUUGAAAAGGGACCUGGAAAAGAACCCAAGAGGCGAUCAAGAAUACCGGUUCCCGUGAGACAAAAAGUAAUCCCACAACGUAAACUGACCCUGCAGGAAAUAGAUUAUUUGGAAUACUUUACAGAUUUCUGUCAAUUCACCGAUGAUGCAGACAAUUAUACGAAACAAUUAUCUUUAUUAAAAAUGAAUUAAAGGUCUCAUAAAGUUGGUUAAAGUAAAUGACGAAUUAGGAACAAGAUAAUGAAAAUAGUACGAUAUUUUAUUUGGUUAUUUUUUAGUAAAAUAUAUUUAGAUUGUAUGUAUAUGUAUUAUUUGUACAGUGUUUGUCUCAAUAUAUUGAUAUAAUAAAUA